AUGAAUCCUGAAAGAAGAAGCACAUUUCAAUUCAAGUACAAGAAAGUGGACCUUGAUAGUUUGAAGAAGUUGAGUGCCAAAGUGAUCAAGCUCACUAAAUUCGUGGACAAUUAUGGGAGGAUCCUUAGUCUUUUGAAUGAAAAGAUGGAACCAAUGGAAACUGUGACUAUAGCUCAAUUCUAUGACCCACCUCUAUGUUGUUUCACCUUUUCUGAAUUCCAAUUAGCUCAUACUUUGGAAGAGUUAGAGAGACUUAUGGGCCGGAAUUUGAGGGACCAUGAUCCAUUUCCCAAGUUUGAUGAAGGUAUCACUUCCAAGAGAAUAACUUCAGUUUUAGGUCUGGAGGUCCAAUUCAUUAUAGGUAAUUGGGAUAAGAAGGGAGUGUUCAAUGUUUUUUCUAGAUGGUUUUUGGAAGAACAAGCUGUGAAGUUUGAGAAAGAUGGAAAACAGAAAGCAUUCCAUGUCGUGCUAGCCCUAUUGGUUUAUAGGAUAGUAUUGUUUCAAAAUCUCGACAAUUUCGUAGGUCAUGUGGCCGUAAGACUAUUCCUCUAUGGUAAUCCGGUACCUUUUCUCCUAGCUGAUAUCUACCAUGCCCUCCAUGAGCGUCAUGAGAAGAAAGGGGGAACCCUUUUGUGUUACGAACAGUUGUUGCAUACUUGGUUCAUAUCUCACAUGCCCGAAAAAGGACCCCACACCUCCAAAACACUUAAGCCCUCUCAGAAGUUAACUUCCAUUACUGCCAACCAUGUCAAAUGGUAUAUAAGAGAUUGGGAGACCCCGAAUAUUAUUGUUAGCAAUGGAGACUUUCCUAAUGUACUUUUGAUAGGGACUAGGGGUUGCAUCAACUACAACCCUAUGUUAUCCCUGAUGCAACAUGGUUACUCCAUGAAUGGACCUCCAAAAGCUGAAGCUUUAGAGCCUUUCAUUUUGCAUGACAAUGAUGCAGACAACCCAAUUGUGAAGAAGAUUAAGAAAUCCUGGAAAACAAUUGUUAGAAGGGUUCCCGAGCCAGAACCUAUACUACCUGAAGACGUUGAGAAGAUCAAUUCCCAAAUUAAGGAGCUUGAAUUAGAAAACUUUGAGUUACAACUUAAGCUUAGUCGAACCACUUUGGAAAAUAAAAAUAUGAAGGAUGAACGUAAAGAGAAGGACCGAGACCAUGAAGCUAGCAACAAGAGAGCAAGAACAUUUGAAGACAAGAAGGAUGAGCUUGAUGAUAUUCUCAUAGGUAUAAAAUCUGUGCUCAAAACCAAGAAUGAGGAGCUCAAAAAAGCCCACCUCAAAAUUCAAGAGUUGGACAAAAUGUUGGAGAGAUCUCUUGUGGUGAAGAGAGAAGCUAGACUCGACUAUGAAGCUCAAAUCUGUGAACUCAGGGACACUCUCAAGAAUUGCAAAGAUAAGGGACUGUAUAGGGAGGAUAGAGAGGCCCUAGACGAAGAUCAGCGUGUCAUUAAGAAGCUCCAAGACCUCUAUGUUGAAUGGAAUGGAAAAUUCGUCAAAUUGGCUAGAUUUGCUAACCUCAACAUGCUAGAACUUCCAAAGAAACUCCAAGAAGUUGAUUGGAGCAUGUGCCCAGAACACACCUCCUCAAGUUUUCAACUUUGUCAAGUUUUGAAAGUGAAGGGUGAAAGAGCUCACCACCGAUCUUGCUACGAUCAAAAGGGAUGA